UGGGGGAGCCGUCGUUUCCGCUGAAUCCAGCCAUUCACGAUUAACGUUGGAGCGCUCGAGAAACGCGCGUCCGCGGACGUGAGAUUUAAAAUUCCAGCGGUGAACGCGAUGAACGUCACCGGCGGUGUACGAGUGAGGAUAUUCGAAGAGGAAAGAUGCGUCUACGAGCGUGAGCUUGCGAAGUCCGACGGGGGUAACCUAAAAACGCUGCUUCGGGACCUGCGGGAAGCGCAGUCGGGAGUCAACGAUUAUUUAACCACGCUGAUUCAGCGACAGGACGCAAAGUCCGGCAGCGCGCGAAACACGACGGAUCGUUCGAUCUCUUUGGAGGAGGACGUCGUCGACACGGAGGAAGAGGAGGAGGAGGAGGAGGAAACCCGAGUUAACCCCAAAAAAUGCAAGUUGUCGAUAUAAAAUUAUCAUGUAUUCCGCUUUUUUAAAAUAAAUAUUACGAUUCACCGAUGCCCUAACGGGACCGAUUCCGAGUUUAAUUGUGGGGGGGAAAAUCCGUUUACUCCUGUUGCAGAAUUUUUUUCCUACGAAUACCGCCAUACUCUCCAUGACAGACAGAUAGAACGUGUAUGAUAAUGCGCGUCUCGCGUGAGAACUGAGCGAUAAGAAGCGAGCCGGACGACGGUGGUGCGCAAGCAACCUUGAGUGAAAGCUGCGACGUAAUCUGCGGGAACAUGUGCACCAAAGUAUCGAAGGAGGCUCAAUUGCGUUACAUGACGUCAUGGUUUCAAGAAUGGUCGGAGAUGCAGAGGAGCGAUUUCCUGGAAGUGUUGCUGAAAUUCUGGGCCCCGCCGGAUAAGCUCAUGAACGGUCUGCUGUCCGAAAUGGAGAAUCUGAAUUGCCAAGGAUCCGAUAAGUAUCCGAGCCUGUUCCAGUGUCGUAUCGAGAUCUUUAGAAAGUGGAGCGGUACAUGGUCACAGUCCGACAAGGAUUCUUUCUUAACGAGUCUCAAGGAUAUGGACGGUAAAUUCGUUGAGAAGUAUGAAGAAAGAUUAUCGGCCCUCAUGGAAGAUAAAUAGUAGUUGAGCAAGGAUUUGUACGCUUUACCACCUGCAAAUCCCACCUAGAAAGUGUUAUUUCUAGUUCCUUCAAAUAUCAGUAUGAAUCGACUCAAAUUCGAAGGGAGAUUCCAUUGUUUUAUAUGCUACCGAUUUCUUCUAAAACGAAAAAGGUAUUGUUUUUGAUCACAUGAGGUAUUAAUAUAUCUGUAAUCGCUCACCUUGAAAAUAGCACGACGCUAACCGCGCCAAUCGCGAAAUUAUGCAUUGAUAAUAAUGAAACGUAUUAUUUCCUGACUUAAUUAAUCUUACUUAUUCUUAACUUUUUUGUUUCGAAUUUUGGCUUGUUGUUUUCAAAAUAAGAAAAAACAAGUCACUAUCAUCGCAUUAAGAGAGAAUUGUUGAGGUGAAAUAAGUAAGAUAAUUGUAACAAAAUUUCAUUUCCUUUAGUAUUUAAAAUGUUAUCUUUCGUAUGCAUUCCUUGCGCAUCGUGCAGACGCCAAACGUGCACAUUAAUAAUCAAGUUUCAUCGCACUGAUCACUGUUGUACGUUGUAUAUCCAUAUAUUUACUUAAACUUUAUAUAUCCUUACAACGUACAGCGUAUCCGAAUCUAUGAAUAAGAUAAUGUGAGGUAUCGCUUGAUAUUUAAAACGCUAUUGAUUGUUUUUCUGUCUGAGGAGGUAGGGAAUAUUCUAUAAUUUAUAAUAACAAUUGUACCGAUAGUUUCAAAGGCUUGAUAAACUUUAAGGCCUCUGAUCUCUCAUUGUUGACAAUUACGUCGGAAGUAAGGAAUUAUAUAUAUGCAUAAUUUUUAGCUUUAAAUUCACAUUCUUAUCUUAGCAUAGAUACAACGAGGGAUCAUGGUUUUUUAGCGCGUUUAAUGAUAAAAGGGUAGACAAUAAUUUCAAUAAUAGU